CCAGACCAAAGAAAAGCCAGCCCACUGUAAGGUGGAAGUCAAUACAUGCCCCAGGUUUAGUUUUACAUCACUUUGAAUUUAGAAACUCCUGUUUCUCGGUCAUCUUGUACCAUUUAUAUAUACAGUCAUCAUCACUUGGAAGGGAUGCAAAUCUAAUCACACCAUUUAAUUUUCCGACGCUCAAAAGAAGGAAAAAAUUAUGGACCGAACAAUGGAGCAGAACAGCAAAAUACAACUGAUAUAUGAUGCCUGUAAUGCUGUAUUUUCUCAGAAGGAUCAGCUUCCAAGUUUCCAACAAAUUCAAUGGCUGAGGAAUCUCCUAGACAUAACCUCAGCCAUAGAUCUUGGAAUUGAUGAAUUUGGCCUCUGUGGAUCUCCGUCAACAAGCCCAAAAAGUACUGUCGAGGGAUUGAUUUGUGGACAAGGCGUCCGUAACAUCACUUACAUUCAUAUUUAUGAAUGUGACAAUUUCUCUAUGGGCGUGUUUUGCUUCCCAGCAGGCGGGGUGCUUCCUCUUCAUGACCACCCUGGGAUGACUGUCUUGAGCAAACUCCUCUAUGGAUCUGUUUAUAUCAAAGCUUACGAUUGGGUGAAAGUGGUGAAUUCUGGCUGCCAAACGUUUGGAUUGGCAUCCAGAGCAGUAGAUGGCAUUUUCAAGGCGCCAUGUGAAGCUUCUGUCCUCUUUCCAAGAAGUGGUGGUAACAUUCAUUCAUUCACAGCGCUGACUCCUUGUGCCAUCUUGGAUGUGUUAUCUCCACCAUAUUCUGAAGAGUUUGGAAGGCCUUCCACUUACUUCUCAGACUUCCACAUCCCAUCACUGCCAGGCUAUGCUAUGCUCGAGGAAAAGGACCUGCCAGACGAUCUAGUCGUUACCGGAGCACCUUACGUUGGCCCUCGAAUUAAUGUCGCCUAAAAAGGACCUUUGUUUGUUGCCAGGCAGAGUGCCUAAAAUAUAUGUGGUGUGUAUAUGUGUAUGUAAUACGUACAUGUUUGGCUCAGAUAAUAUGCGUCAUGCGGCAUGUGUAUGCUGAUCGCGCCGAAGAUUUGGCAACGAGCAUGGGAUCGAUGUUUGUUAACCGAACGCAGAAUAGAGACGAGGUUUUGGAACUGCCGUUGCCAUAAGGGAAUUAUAAAUUUAUGACAAGUUGACUGCGUCGGGGAUUUGGAUGUUCCCUUUGGAAGGACUCUAGGGAACAUCCAAAACACACGUCAAUGAAAUAUUCCACGCAUUUUGGUCCCAAAUACAGAUCAUGUCACGUGGGCUAACCUGAAUAUAACCUAUCAAAAUCUCGUAGAUUAAGAAAGUUUUCCAUGGCCCAGCUACUGUUUUUUCUUUGCAUGAUAUAUGUUGUUAAUCUCCAAUUGGAUGAUCUCGUAUAAUUCAUAUCACGAGUCUCUAGCUAGCUAACAGAUAGCCAUAAAUUGAAAGAGAUGUUUUAUGGACAAAAAGAUAUUUUUAUUAUCGUCA